ACUCUUACUUUCACAACGAAUCUGCCUGUCAGUGAGGUGUUAGCUCUAGCGCAGCAGAGCGGUGCUCCUCCUUGCCCUAGACCUGACGUCCAGUAGAACUCUAAUGAUCCGUCACGCAUUCCGCUACUAGGGCACUACGCCAGUGUUACGAAGCAGUUUCGUAUGGAUCUCGACUUCAAGCCCUUGAAAUUUGCCGUCGGUCGAAGAUGCGUGCGAGGCAGCCGCAUUCGACCACGCGUCAACUACUAACAAGCCGUCUUUAGUUGACUAAGUAGAGAGCUGCCCAUUCACCGUUAUCCAUGGGGAAUUCUCCUUCUCAGAUUCGGCCGCACCGCAGCCCCUCUCUCCGCGCGCAUCGGUCCCGCAACAACAGCCACAGCAGCAGCGCCUUACCCCCAGCCGGCCCCCAUGCGUCAGCCAAAUCACCAGCCCCCCUCUCCUCCUCCACUAACGAUCUCCGCCCUUCCUCCACUGCCCGCCGCCUCUUCCGCCCCUCGUUUUCCUCCAGUGACGCGAAUACCCUUGUCGACCACGGCAAACCGCCCCCCACUGGGGUGCACACCCCCGUCGGCCGCUCGUCGUCCACAGGCGACGCAGUCGAGGGUCCGCGGAAGGCGGCGAGAUCCGCGGAGAAAGCGGUGCUCGGCGGAGAGCUGGCCGAGCGGACAGAGCGGCGCAGCUCCGCCAACUUCCCGCGGGAAGAGGCGGGGAAGGCCGCCCUUGGCGGGGUGCGGGACGGGACGUUCAAGCAAUUCGCGAAUGCCGCAUUGAGCGGGUUAGGAGGGCCGAGACGAGUAGACGCCGGGGAAGGGCUGUGGAGCUCUAGUCGCGACGAGCAAGUGCUGUCGCUCCUGGCGGGGAUUACAGAAGCGGACUGGUCGGCGCUCCAGCAAUGGGCGGAGAGCGGAUGGCGGCACUCCGCUUCCGCGGGGUCGUCGAGCGCGCUCCCCUCGCCCACCACCGCGGACGCUGUGGGGAAGGGGCCUGCUGCGGGGCGUGCGGAGGGAGCGGAUUUGAGCACCGCCGUGCACCCUUGCGCCAGUGACGCCGCCGCCGCCGCCGGCGCAGGUAACUGCGGGAAUCUGACCACCAUCACCGCCACCGCCGCCGCCGCUGCUGCUUCUGCUGCUGCGGGAGGCAAUGGAGUGAUUGCCGCAGGUGCGGCAGCGGGGGUUGCGGGGCAGGGAGCGCGGAGCAGCCUGAGCCUUCACCGCAGCCGCAGUCUGACCGCGCACAGGCGCCGCCCGCAUCCCCCCCUCGUCGUCGUCCCCUCACCGCCCCCCGCCGCCACACCGCCCAGGGGCACCACCCCCGCGUCCGCGCGGCCCGCACCGGCUACUACUCCGGGAUUAAUUAACGUCUACAUUAGUAGUCGUAGCGGAUUCGCGCAAACUCCUGCGACCGCUUACGCUGCCGCUCCUCCCUCCGCCCAUGCGGCGUUUGGCAGCCGGGGGGGCAGGAUUUGGCAGGAGGGCGGGGAAGGAGUCGGGGGGAGAGAUUGGUUGCGCCAAGGGGGAGCGCCAAGCGCGGAGGAUGACGGCUUGCUGACGCUCCCCCUGCCGCCGAUUAACGCGGGGGAAUCAGAGCAGCUCAGCAGAAGCGCCGGCGGAGGAAGAGUCAGCGGAAGAGGCGGGCGGAAGGGCGGGCAGGAGCGGGUAAUAAGCGUGCAGAGUGACGUCAUUCCCGCCACGGAUUCGCUGGAUUCGACGGUGAGCCACAGCACCAGCCACAGCACCACCACGCAUCUCCUCCGCUGGGCUUCCAUCGGCGCGCUUCACUCCGCGUUCGGCGGCGCUGGGCAACCCGCCGUCUCCGCCAGCAGCCCCGUGAAGCUGCGGCGAAGCAAGAGCCGCGGGAAGGGCAAGGCGCGGAGCGGGCGGCGGAAGGAGCAGAGUCUGCGCGUAAGCGCAGCGCGCCGAUGCCACUCUGUGGAGGAAGGGCCGUCGGCAUUCACAGCGGAAACGCGCGGGCAUGACGAGUCGGGGGAGCAAGGAAGCGCGGUGUUUCCGCGGGAGAAGGCGCAGGAGCGGGGGGCGGCGGAACGCGCGGAAGCGGAACCGGUAGCAGGGGAGCGGAGCGCGAGCGGCAGCAGCGGAUGGCAGGUGGAGGACCUCUUCGGAAAGCUCGCGCAGCCGCUCUUGGCGGGCGCUGGAGGUACCGCCAGCGGCGCUGGCGCGGGCGGUGGGCCCAUAGGCGCAAAUGGCGCAGACCCCGCGCUCUUCCGCCGACCGUCGCUUCCCCGCGCGGCGCUCGCCCGCUCCGCCAGCUGCUCUCAGUUCGACUCGUACCUGUCCGUGCCCCCGCCGUCCCCCGCCACCGGCGCGCCUCCCCCUCCAGCAUCCGCCGCGCAACUCCCGCCGGCUUUAGCUGCCGCCGCGAUCGCCGCUUCCGCUAAGGCUCAUGAUUGUAGGAUCACCCUAGAAACGGGAGGGAGCGCCGCCAAUUGCGGCGGCGUUAGCGGUGGCGGAUUGUUCUUGUCCUCGCCUGCGGACUCUUCCCCCCCGCCCUCCCCCCCCUCCCCCGAGUUUCCGCCAGGCACAUGCCUCACGAUGUCCUCCCGCCGCGUGCUCCCCGCAUUCCUGCGCACGUGCAUCCUUCCGCGCGCCAUGGGCGGAGUUCCGCUGCCCCUCCCCCUGCCCCCGCAGCCGCUAAAGAGUGAGUUCAAAGCCAACGAGCGCGCGUUCCUCCGCACUGUCGCCAGCGUUGAGGCCGCCGCCAUCGCCGCCGCAGCCGCCGCCGCCGCGGGUGCCGCUGAAUCUGGUGAAGUUGGUGAUGCGACUCGCGCAGCCGCCGCCAGGGUGGCGGAGGGAGAGGCGGGACGAGAAGGGAAGGGGGGCGGGAGGGCGGAGGAAUGGGAGUGCAAUGGGAAUACGGACGGGAGAAGGGGGAUGGGAGGGCCGGGCGAGAGGGGAAUCGGGGUGGCUAGGGGGGCGGAAACAGCAGCUGCGGAUGGCGGGGGGAGAGGGCGGAAAAGAGAGGCGCCAGGUGGAGGUAGUGGUGGUGGUGGUGGUGGUGGCGGCGGAGGGGUUGGGAAUGGGGAGAGGAGCCGUGCGCGCGACGAUUGGUGCACGUGGGGAGUGAGUCCGUCCGCCGCUGCCUCUCCUGCUUCACCCGCUGUUCGACCGCUCUCCAGAGCCGCCUCCUCGCCCUUCCUCUCCUCUCUCCUGCAGCAGCAGCAGCAGCAGCAGCAGCGCCGGGGGAUGCCGCGUUCCCCGUCUCCUGUGCUCCUCAGGACCGAGUCUCUCCCCCGCUGUAUCCCCCCCUGCCCAACUCUUCCUCUCCCCACCACAUGCACCGGGAUAGCAUCUAAGGACGGCAUGGGGGGGCUACAGCUUAGGGUUUGCGAGGGGAGAGGAGGACUAAUCCCUAGGCAGUCUUCCACUCAGCCGAAUACGCCGUUACAUCCAACACAGGGUAACCACACACAAGCGCGUGCGGUAACACUUGCUCAUAAGCGUACACACUCGCAGGCUACUGCUCGCACCAGCUCCCAGUCCCGCACCCCGUCUCCGAGUUUCAUUCACAUGCCGCCUUGCAGACUAGCUAGCAACAGCAGACAGGCACAGGGAGAGGGUGCGGGGCCACGGGCACAUGGCACAGCAACGAAUGGGGCGUUGAUACCGCCACAGCCACAUGUAUCUGACGGAUCCUGCGAAUCUCAUGCCGCUCACACUGCCCCUCCUGCCAGGAUAAGGCCUCAGUGGCCUUUCUCCCCUCCUGCUGCAGCACGUGCGCCCCUUCCCUCGCUCCCUCUCUCUGCCAAGCGCACUCGCUCACUAAGUGUCGUGGAGAUGACUCGAGAGCGAAACCGCUUCCUUGCAAGCUCCGUUGUUGCUGCUGCUGCUCCUGCUCCACCUCCUCCUGUUGCUGCUGCUGCUGCUCCGGGCAGCAGCAAGGCAGCACCCUGCCCUGUUGCCCCAUCUGGCAGCAGCGUGGCAUCAGCAGAGCGGCUGCAGCUGCACAGAGCGGCCAGCGACGUGCUCGCAGAGACGCUCCGACUGCUAGGCUCCUCCCCCUCCUCGCUGCCUGGCUCCCCGGAUGGUGGCACCUUGCAGACACAGCAGAGGAGGCAGCCUGCGAGGCUGGGACGGAAGCACAGUGGAGGGUGUGCAGCCGCAGCAGAAGCAGUAGCAGCAGCAGCUGCUGCUGCUGCAGCGGGGCAAGGUAGCAGCGUGAAAGCAGCAGAGGAGGGUGGUAUGGUCGAGAAGGGCAGGGUGGCAGUAGGCAGCGUGACACAGGAGCGGCUGCUGGAGCACGUAUCGGGCGCCUAUGCAGCACUGCUGCGAGACACGACCCCUAACGGUUCCCUGGUUGGGGAGUACCUGCUGUCUGCCCUGCUCUCUCUCCUUGACUCGUCCUUUGGCUUCAUUGCCAGUGUGCUGCACAACAGCGAUGGCACGCCUUACAUCAAAACGCAUGCCAUAUCCGACAUCGCUUGGACGGACGGCCUGCGCAAGUGGCACGCCAUGAACGCCCAGUCGGGCCUUGUAUUCGCCAACAUGCACACGCUCUUCGGAGCGCCCGUCACCUCCCGCCAGCCUGUCAUCUCCAACCACCCCCCCUCCGACCCCCGCUACUCUGGCACCCCUCCCGGCCACGCGCCUGUGCACUGCUUCCUUGGGGUGCCCCUGCUUGUUGGCUCGAAUAUCGUCGGCAUGUAUGCAGUAGCAAACCGCCCUGGAGCGUACUCCACGACUCUGCUGGACGCCCUUCACCCGCUCACCCAAGCAGCUGCCAGCAUUGUGUGGACCAUUCAGCAGCGCUGCAACUCCACCUUGCCACGCCCACAACCCACCUCUUGCACUGCUUCUGUGCCGUAUCCCAUGGUUGCUACUACCCCUUCUUCACACAUGCCGACUGAAUCUUGUGGUAAUGUUGGUGGUGCUGCUUGUCCAGAUGUUGCGGCAAGUGAUACACUUGAGCCUGCUUGAGGCCCAGUUGGCGUUCCAUACCCAUAUAGGGACACUUGGUUUAUGGAGUCGGCAGCACCAAGCAAUGACCGUACUAGUAAUCACCAGUUUUUGUGGUGGGGCUAUUUUGAAAUGGCGUCGUGGCUGGUAUGGACCACGUAUGUAUACUGGAGCUUCUCUCAGUGAGAACUCCAUGGGCUGUGGUGUACUGGUUUAUCUAGUCGUUUGUGUUGUAGUAGACCAAUCCACUUUGAAUUGUUGGCGUUUUGUCCCCUCCCGAUGUUAUU